CCCCGGGCUGGCGCGCCGGGCGCGGGACGAGAGCCCGGCGCCCGGCGGGCUGGCGGGCGGAGCCCGGGCGGAGUGGAAGGGGAAGGCGCGGGGCGAGGGCACCCGGCGCCCGGGCCGGGACCGGCUGCUCAAGGCGCGGGCGCUGAAGAUCCGGGAGGAGCGGAGCGGCAUGACCACGGACGACGACGCCGUCAGCGAGAUGAAGAUGGGCCGGUACUGGAGCAAGGAGGAGCGCAAGCAGCAGCUGCUGCGGGCCCGGGAGCAGCGCCGGCGCCGGGAGCUCAUGUUGCAGAGCCGGCUGGACUGGCAGCGGGAGGCGGGGGGGGCCCCGGGGGCCCCCGACCAGCUCAGCAUCCUGGCGCUCAGCCACCGCAAGAGCCUCAAGAAGCGGAGCCGGCGCAUCCUGGACAAUUGGAUCACGAUCCAGGAGAUGCUGGCGCACGGCGCCCGCUCGGCCGACGGGCACCGGGUCUACAACCCGCUGCUGUCCGUCACCACCGUCUGAGCGGGGCGGGGCCCCCCGGCUCCCCCCGCUGCGGGACAAGGCCUGGAGACUUGGUUUCUCCCCCAUGUGCCAGGAUUUGGGGGUGAUCCUGCCUCCCCCACAUCGCCACCAUCGGAGGACACAGGGGUGCAUGGAGACCGUGGGGCCCCCCACUUUUCCAGGACUGGGGGAGCCCCCAUCCCGACACAGCAGGAAAGAGGGGGGCCCCUGGUGCUGCUCCUGGACACGCCUGACUGCAGAAGGGACCCCGGCUGCUGAGACAAUGGGGAAAUUUGGGGGGUCCCCCAAUGCUGCUCCAGCCCCCCCUGCCCUACAGGGAUCCCCCA